AUGUGUCACCACGUCAUUCUGCAGUGCUACUUCUUCACAGUGGAGUUCGGGCUUUGUAAACAAGAUGGACAACUGCGUGCUUAUGGUGCGGGACUUCUGUCUUCAAUUGGAGAACUAAAGCACGCACUGUCGGACAAAGCAAUUGUGAAACCCUUUGAUCCAAAGACAACCUGCAUACAGGAAUGCCUCAUCACCACCUUCCAGGAAGCUUAUUUUUUGUCAGAAAGUUUUGAGGAGGCCAAAAACAAAAUGAGAGAAUUUUCCAAGACAGUCAAACGUCCAUAUUCUGUACUCUACAACCCGUAUACCCAAAGUGUUGAAAUCCUCAAGGAUACCAAAAGCAUUGAAAAAGUUGUUCAAGACAUCCAGGUUGCCAAUGAGAUUUCUUCGUAGCAGGAUGUCCGAAGUCAAAACUUGAGAUGUUGAGAGAGUCUAAAGAGGCUGCUGCCUGGCCCACUGCACAUUAGUCUGCUGGUUUCAUUUAUUUAUUAACA